AUGUUAAAGAGUACUACGAAAUCGAUUAGUAAUGUGUUAUCAUUACAUUUAGUAAGCAAGACGAUUUGCAUAUCAUUGUCAUCAUAUACAACAACAUCAUCAUCAAUCAAAUACAAAUAUAAUAAUAAUAAUAGCAAUCAUACAUCAUCAUCGACUUCACAAAUACUAUCAUCAUCAUUUUCAUAUCCCUCUUCUUACUGUAAAAGCAAUAAUAAUAAUAUAAUAACAAAGAGAUACUAUGCGAGUACAAAAGGAUUAGAUAAAGCAAAUCUCUUCGAGUCGGGACAAGGAGAACAAGCAGAGAAUAUAACAAUUGAUGGAUACGCAGAACAAGGGUUCUCAGUCAACAAAGUACUUGUACCAGGAUCAAUCGUAGCUACACCCACUCUACUAUUACUCUGGGAUAUUCACAGUGCUCAAGAUAUUACAUUGGAAAGUUUAUCAAUAUUAAAUAUCAUCGAUCCUCAAUUAGAAUUUGUAAUUAUUGGUACAGGUAAAGAAAGAAAAGCAUUGGAUGAACAAUUGAUAAAAGAUGUACAGAAACGAUUUGGUGUAAACAUUGAGACGAUGGCAACGAUCAAUGCAAUUGGAACAUACAAUAUUUUGGUGGAAGAGGGUCGACAAGUAGGUGCUUUUCUCAUCCCACUCGAACCUUGCCGUGAUGCAAGACAAGACUACUUGGUCACCAAACGAGAGUACCAAGAACUCAAUGAAUCAGUCACUUAUUCAAAACAUCAAAAACAAGUAAUCAGUGAUCGUGCCAAACGUGAUCAACCUCUCUUUUUAGUUGAUAUUGAUGAUGAUGAAAAUAAUAGUAAUGAUCACUCUUCUUCUUCUUCUUCUUCUUCUUCUAAGCCAUCUCACUCUAAUCCGGAAAAACAAUUCAAAGCAACUAAAAAUAUACAAGAAAAGGCUCCAUCUACUAAAUUAAAUAUGCUUGGUAAAUUUAUGAUGAAACUAUUUAAACUAUCAAUAAUAUUAUUUGUAUUUUUAUUCUUUUGUAUCCAAUUAUCUGUUCAAUAUGAUAAGGACUGUGGUAUCCAUGUUGGCAGUCUAUGUCCAAUUAGAGAACCUGGAGAUGUUGGUCCAUGUAUAGAAACAUGUGACUUUGGUUAUGGUGAUAAAUAUAGUCAAUGUGGUCAAGGAAAAGUUUGUUGUAAUACUGGAUGUGGAAGAACAUGUGUACAACGUAGAGAAUGUGCAUGGUCACCACCAUUAGGUGGAAGAAGACCAAAUUAA